ACAUGUCUACGUGUCAUGACUGUCACUUUAACUAUACGUGACAGCUAGUCAUAUUAUCACUCCUCUUAACUUUAAGCGCAUAUUUUCAUUUUAGGCGACCACGAACCACGAAGGAGAAAGUAUCUAUCAACAACAAUGGCGAUUCGUUCUGUAGCGAGUAGAAAAACCCUAGCCGGCUUGAAGGAGACAUCUUCGAGGCUUCUGGGAUUCCGAGGAAUCCAGACCUUUACGCUUCCUGAUCUCCCCUAUGAUUAUAGCGCGUUGGAGCCGGCGAUUAGCGGCGAGAUUAUGCAGAUUCAUCACCAGAAGCACCACCAGGCGUAUGUCACUAAUUACAACAAUGCCCUCGAGCAGCUGGAUCAGGCCGUGAACAAGGGAGACGCGUCCACUGUCGUCAAGCUACAGAGCGCCAUCAAGUUCAACGGCGGAGGUCAUGUGAACCACUCGAUUUUCUGGAAGAACCUUGCUCCUGUCAACCAAGGAGGUGGAGAGCCACCAAAGGGAGCUCUUGGCGGAGCCAUUGACACUCACUUUGGCUCCCUCGAAGGUUUGGUGAAAAAAAUGAACGCUGAAGGUGCUGCUGUACAAGGCUCAGGAUGGGUGUGGCUCGGUUUAGACAAAGAGCUUAAGAAGCUCGUGGUUGACACAACUGCCAAUCAGGAUCCACUAGUGACAAAAGGAGGAAGCUUGGUUCCUUUGGUGGGUAUAGAUGUUUGGGAGCACGCUUACUACUUGCAGUACAAGAAUGUGAGGCCAGAUUAUCUGAAGAACGUAUGGAAAGUGAUAAACUGGAAAUAUGCAAGCGAGGUUUAUGAGAAGGAAUGCAAGUGAAUCGCUACAGGAUGACAUCUAGAGAUGAGCCAGUUCCACAGCUCGGCUUUGUUUUUAAGGUUGUCUGAAACAAACUUACAAUUGUCUCUCCUUUGUCUUUGAGUUAGCUCAACUGAGCUUGUGUGGAUGCAAUAAAUACGUUGUUUUACAAAUGAAUUUCCAAUAAUAAAAGUUUUGCUUUUUUUUUUGUUGCAAAUAAU